GCAACCUGAGCAAGAAGCAGCAAGAGGCCAUUGUCUAAAAUUUUACAGUAAUUUACAUAAUUAAAAAUGACGCGUUCUAAAAAACAGUUGGAUACUUAUUUAAUUGAAAGUGCAAGUGAACUUAAAAAAGACAAGUUACCAAAAAACAUUGAUGUUUUAAGAGAAUUAGUAUUUGUACAAGAUGGGAGUCGUGGCAAGUUGUCACCAUUCAUCAAACUUGUGAUGAAAAAAGUCAUGGGAAUCUGGUCAUCUGCUGGUCUGCCAACACAAACUGAAAGAACAUGUAUUAAAAAAUUGACAAAUCUCCACCAAGAAUGGAAAAAAGUUAAGUAUAUUAAAAAUGAAGAAAUGAAACAAAAACGAGAAGAAAAGUUCAUGAGUAUGUUGAACGAGCUCUGUGAUAUUGGACCCAAAAAUAUGCCUGACUUGAUUGAUGAUGAUCUCAUGGAGUUUUUGGUUGAUCAACGAUGUGAUGAACCUGUUCGUGUCAUUAAAGACAUCAAGAAGGUUCAAAAGCCAAAGAAAAUUCAACCUGAUGUCGUCAAGAAAGCUCCAGCACCAGCAACAAGAGGACGUAAACGCAAAGCUGCAGAGCAAGAUGCUCCAUCAAAAGAUGAUGAUUCAGCAUCAACUGGUUCAGCUGAACAAGAGCAAAAUGGUUCAGCUGAUGAAUCAUCAGAUGGUCAGAGUGACGCCAAAAAGUUACGUAAGAAUCCAGAUGUACCAACAGAGGAAUAAAAAUAUAAACAACUGGUUAUAAUAAUUACAAAGUUCAGUUGUUUAUAUUCUUGUUUAUAAAUUUAAAUUAUAAUUAAUAAUUUUCUUGACAAGUUCACUAGAUAAUAAUACUCCAAAAAAAAAGAUUAAAAAUUUUAUAAUCAAUUGUUCUUUGUUGUCAGAGUUACAAUAUAUUAUUUACGUCGUACUAAAAAAAAAAAAAAUAUGUUUUUUUAUCACUUGGUAAUUGUUUACUAGUAGAAAAAAUUAAAUUCAUUAAUAAUUUUCACUUUUAUAUUGUGUUUAAUAAUAAUUAAAAAUCAGCUAUAUAAAUAAUAGUCAAAAAAAAAAAAAAAAGAUACAAAUUAUCUAAUUGUUCUUCGUUAUCAAAAUUAAAAUAUAAUCUGUGUUUUGUUUAAAAAAGAAAAUACCUUUUUUUAUUAUCAGGUAGUUUAUGAUAAAAAAAAUUAAAUUUCAUUAAUUGUUUUCUCUGCGAGGUAACUACGAAUAAUAUUAACUAAAAUAUUAAUUUAUAAUUAAUAAUUUUCUUGACAAGUUCACUAGAUGAUAAUUCAAAAAAAAAAAAGAUGACAAAUUAUAUAAUUAAUUGUUUUAAUUAUACAAUUAUUAGCUUUGUAUUAACAAAAGAAAUAUCUCUUUUUUAUCACUUGGUAAUUGUUUAUCAACAAACAAAAAUUAAAUUCAUUAAUAAUUUUCAUUUUAAAUUGACUAUUAUAUAAUAGUCAAAAAAAAAAAAAAGAUAAAAAUUAAAUAAAUGUUCUACGUUAUCAAAAUUAUGAUAUAAUAUUUGUUUUGUUAAAAAAAAAAAAUACCUUGUUUUAUAAUUAGGUAAUUUAUGAUAAAAAAAAUUAAAUUUCAUUAAUUGUUUUCUCUGCGAGUUAACUAUGAAUAAUAUUAUUCAAAAUAUUAAUUUAUAAUUCAAUUGUUCAUCGUGAUAAAAAUGAUAAUAUUACUUUUACUUUAAAAAAGUAAAAAUACUUUAUUUUUCUAUUAUCAGUUAAUCAUAAGUUUGAUAAAAAAAAAUAUAUCUGUAAGUGAACUUUGUCUUAAAAAACUUGUGUUUCAAUUUUCGUUACUUUUUUUUUGUUUAUAUAUAAUUUUUUUUCAUUUCGUUAACUUUUUUUUUGUUUAAAAGUAAAAUCUCAAUUUUCAAAUGACAAAAAAAAAUAAUAAAAAUAUAUAUUUUAUAUUUUGUAACAAAAACAACUUGUCACUUUGUAAAAUUUUUCAUCAUAUUGUCGUUUGUUUAUAAUAAAAAAAAAUAUCUGUCUAUACAA